UCGAAAUCGUGAUCGGGCCACCGAGUAGAUGCCAUCUGUUUAGUGUCUCUAUAAAACCUUCUCUCCCAUUCCCAUCACUCAUCUCUCAAUCUCCAUUUCUUUUAGGGUUUGCUAAUUCCCAGAAUUUUUCAAUGAAAUUUUAAAUCUUUCUUAUAAAUUCAGUGUACCCAGUUGCUGAAUUGCUCGAAUUACUGCGAAAUUAGGGUUUUUGAUUGAUUAGAUUUUGAGCUGAUUUUAACCUAGAAAGUAUCGAUUUUGGGGUUUUUUUUUAAAGAAAAUGGAAGACGGCGAGCUUGAAUUCUCCAACAACCAAGAAGUGUUUUCAAGCUCCGACGUGGGUGGGUUACCUCCAACCAGCUGUUCAAUGGAUACUUUCUUCGAUGGGCUUCUCAUGGAUUCCAACGCUGCUUGUACCCACACUCACACGUGUAACAACUCCAACGGAACAGACAACAAUCACUCCCACACGUGCUUCCACGUCCACAGCAAGAUUGUCACUGAAGACAGCGACGAGAAGGUUUCAACGGACGACACAGCUGAGUCCUGUGGGAAGAAAGGAGAUAAGAGACCUCUGGGGAACAGAGAAGCGGUUAGAAAGUAUAGAGAGAAGAAGAAGGCUAAAGCUGCUUCCUUGGAGGAUGAGUGUUCAAGGCUUAAGGGUUUGAAUCAGCAGCUUGUGAAGAGGUUGCAGAAUCAGGGGGCCUUGGAAGCUGAGGUCUCUAGGCUCAAGUGUUUGCUUGUUGACCUUAGGGGGAGGAUUGAUGGGGAGAUUGGGUCUUUCCCUUAUCAGAAACCGAAUAUUCCUUCCUUCUCCCACUUGAUGAAUCCUUGUAACGUGCAGUGUGAUGAUGAGGUUUAUUGCUUGCAACAUGGGUUUGAUAAUAGCCAAGAAGGUGGUGGUGGUGGUUCCAUUAAUGGUCAGGGUUUAAGUGGUUGUGAUUUUGACCAGCUUCAAUGCAUGACUGAUCACAACUUAGUUGGCAAUGGCAAUGGCAAUGGAAACGGAUCGUUCACAUCUGCCUCUAAUAAGAGAAAAGCUGGGCAUCGUGGACCGAAAGCAGCUUGAAGUAUCAUCAAGCUUGUACCAUCAUCUAUAAACCAGGAUAGAUACUGUAUUCCAAAUAAGUUUUAGAGUUCAGCUGCUGCAUCAGCUUCACUCAGAUUCCUUUUGUGUUGCAUUUUUUGCCUUUUUGUUUCUUUUGUGAAGCUAUUUUCCUUCCAUUGUUUUUGAUUUUCUUGUUGAGUUUGCCCGUACCAGAUGGAUGAUUUGUUAAUAUAAAGUCAAAUCUUUCAGUGUGUGUGUUCUUGUCAUUUUGUUUUCAUGCUUGAGUAGCUUCUCUCUAAGUUUGUGUAGAAGAAGCUGAGUGACAGUUAUCUCUGUGUAUGACUUGUUUUGACUAUUGAUU